UCAAGUCGACGAACUCCUCCGCCGGGUCUGAAGUUUGUAUGGUGCGGAUACGGUUGUGGUCACUGCCGUCGACAUAUAAAAUGUAGGAGGCGAUGCAGACAGGCGACUGAAGUGAGGAGGGAAGUGACAGAGACACGACACUAUACGAGAAGAGCAGUGUAUGUGUGUGCGUAUACCUCUGCCUCUCCUUCUCCCUCUUCAAGUCCCUCUCCUUGGCCCGCACGUGGCGCGGCACAUACACCCCCGUCGGACCACCAGCACCAGCACUGGUCGGCGAGUCCUUGCCUGUCGCCGAUGUGGCGGGCUUGGCCGGGCCUGCUAUUGACACCUCAGGGGCGAUGGAGUGGGCGAGGGGGCGGGUGACCGGGUUCGUCGUCUCAGGGGCAGCAAACGGCUGGGACGUCACACCAUUCGCAUCGGCAGGAGACCCAGACACUUGCGGCCUCUCACAGGCGGCAAGCAGCAGGCCAGGGGGGCGAUGGCGAUGGCGAUGGCGAUGGCUGGGGCGAGGGGUCAU